CGUUACGCUCAGCACCGGACUGAGGUCUUGAUAGUCUGCAGCUCAGUAAUCACGUUUCUCCCUUGCACGAACGACACCAAUAACUGCCGCGAUGAACGGUGAUCAGAAUAUACCUGGCUCUGUUGCCAACCCCUUGAAGUUCCGGGACCAGGACUACGAAUCUCUUCGCAGUGCUUGUUUGGAGUCGAAGUCGCUCUUCUCCGACCCGGAGUUCUUAGCGGACGGCAACUCCAUCGGUAUGCCUGCUGACCCGGACCCAAGCCUAGCCGUGAAGUGGCUACGGCCCAAGGACAUCAACUCCGCCGCCGUGUUCAUCGAAGGCACUACGGGCACCACGGACAUCUGCCAGGGCCAGCUGGGAGACUGCUGGCUCCUGGCCGCACUGUCCUGCCUUACCUUGCAUCCCACUCUGUUCGCAAAGGUGGUACCACCCAAUCAGAGCCUGGAUGAACCCUAUGCUGGAAUCUACCACUUCCGGUUCUGGCAGUAUGGUGAGUGGGUUGAGGUGGUGGUGGACGACCGGCUGCCUGUGCGCAGCGGCCGGCUGCUCUUCAGCUACUCUCGGACCCGUCAUGAGUUCUGGGGUGCCCUGGUGGAGAAGGCCUAUGCUAAGUUGAUCGGGUCCUACUCCAGUCUGAAGGGGGGGAAUAUUUCGGAGGGGAUGGAAGACUUCAUGGGGGGCAUCGCCCUCUCCAUGCCCGUCUCGUCCCGCACACCCAGGGUGCUCUGGAGGGCUCUGUCUGCUGCCCUGUCCCGGGGCACUCUGAUCAGCUGCUUCAUACAGGCUCCAAGCCCACGUGAGAUUGGGAGAGUGAAUUCUCAGGGGCUGGUGAUGGGCCAUGCUUAUGCUAUCACAAACUCAAGCCAGGUGCAGCAGGAGACAGAGGAGGUGUCGCUGAUCAGACUGCGGAACCCCUGGGGAUUUGUGGAGUACAGUGGACAAUGGAGUGACAAGUGUGAGGACUGGAAAACGGUGGACAGUGCUGAAAAGAAAAGGAUUAACCUAAUCAAGGCUGAGGAUGGAGAGUUUUGGAUAAGUGUGGAGGACUUCAGCUCUCUGUUUGAAACGGUGGAGCUGUGCAGUUUGAAUCCAGACUCCAUUGUCGACGGUCACGUCGUGCCUUCCUCUGCCUGGACCCUCAGCUCUCACCACGGCUCCUGGGUGCCAGGGUGCUCUGCUGGAGGAAGCCGCAGAUACCGCCGCUCGUUCUGGAAGAACCCACAGUUUCGCCUCAUCCUCUCAGAGAGGGAUGAGGACGUGGACGAUGAUGACGAGGAUGACGAGGACGAGAUCGGCGACGAUGACGAUGUAGAGGAGGAGGGGGCGGGGGCGGAGGCGGAGGCAAAGGCCCCAGAGAAGCCGGCGAAUCGGAAGCAGGCACAGAGGAGGACGCAGUGCACCGUGCUGGUGGAGGUCCUGCAGAAGCACCGCAGGAAGAGCCAGAAGAUCCACUUCCUCUACAUCGGGUUCCACGUCUACCGGGUUCCUCCUGAGCUCCAGGAUGACCCCGCCCCCCUGGGUCAGAGCUUCUUCUUGUCCAAUCGGCCGGUGGGGCGCUCAAAGAAGUACCAGGCCGUGCGUGGGGUCCGCAGGAAGCUUCAUCUGGACCCCGGGCACUACGUCAUCGUGGCGUCCAGCUACCGACCCAACCAACCGGGAGAUUUCUACCUGCGCAUAUUUGCCAAGACCGGGAACCACUUGGGGGAUCAGGACUUUACCUGCUCCUCAGACCUGCUCAGGGCGGUGCAGUCAAAGCCUGUCAUGCAGAAGGAUCGCAAUAAAUUGCAGAAGCUGUUUGACCAAGAGGCUGGAGCGGACAACAGACUUGAUGCGGUGGAGUUUAUGAAGCUGGUGAACUCAGUCCUUGAUAAGGAUUACCAACUGCCCUUGGACACCUGUAGACAGCUCAUCCUGGCAGAAGACACUGCAGGGAGGAGCAGACUCACACUGCCGCAGACGGAGAGGCUGCUGUCCCAGCUGCGCAGACUGCAGUCCACCUUCCUCCAGUUUGAUGAAGACUCCUCUGGAACUAUGAACCCUUUUGAGCUCAGUUCUGCGCUAGAAGCUGCUGGGCUGCAGUGUGACAGUGAGGUUGUGCAGGUGCUGUGGGAGAGAGCUGGCUCCGGCGAGCUCCGCCUGCCCUUUCACCGCUUCGUCUCCUGCGUGUGCAGACUGCGCGUGUUGUUCGCUCUGUAUGAGUCAGAGAGCAGCGCUGAGGUGAAGGAACGUGGCAUCCACGCAUGGCUGCUGAGGUUCCUGGUGGUGUGAUUUUGGAGGGAAAUGGUCAGCGCGGUCAGCUCUCAGCCUUCAACCGCCUGCGGUCGCCAUCAGCGCCACAACUAGUGAGCACGGUCAACCAUAGCACAGUCCACCUGAUAGCUACCAUGAGACCUGCUGUUCUCCCACUGCUAAAGCAGUGACCCCUGCAGUGUUUCUGUGAGAUCUGAUUAACUAUCGCCUUCUGUCACUGCUGGCUAGUCAGCUGUCACGUGAGUCCAUGCUUCCCAUUAAUAAGUAUUACCCAUGCGUGACCCCGGUGAUGCAAUAUACCGUAGUAUGUCAACGUUUACUCAUCUUGGUCUCUGUGAUUUCAACAUGUAUAACACAUAGAGCAUUUGGAUUUCCAGAGUUGCAUGACAAGGUGCAUGAAUGUUAAACACCAAUAAACCUGUACUCUGUGUCA